GCGUACACAGCAGAAGCAGUGCUGGCGGACGGCGGGAUGUUUGCGAAGCAGUGAGGAGCUGGUGGUCAGGAUGAGCAAGAGGCACUUCAGUGUGGGCCAGCAAACGAGGGCGCUUCUUGGCAAGAAUUUUCUUAGGAAAUGGAGGAUGAAAAGAGAGACCUUGUCGGAAUGGCUCUUCUCAAGUCUUCUAGUGCUGUUUGCUCACCUGCUUUCCUCUAAUUUACACCAAGUUAAUGACUUCCCUCAACUGCCCGCUGUGGACUUGGGGCGUGUAGAUAAUUUUAAUGAUUCUGAUUACGUUAUUGCAUUUGCUCCUGAAUCCAAGACCACCCAGGAGAUAAUGAACAAGUUGGCUUCUGCCCCUUUCAUAAAAGGAAGAACCAUCUCGGGCUGGCCUGAUGAACAGAGCAUGGGUAAGCUGGAGCUGAACUAUUCUACAGAUGCUGUGAGAGUCAUCUUUAACAACACCUUCUCAUACCAUUUGAAGUUUUUGUGGGGACAUAGAAUCCCCAUGAUGAAGGAGCACAGAGACCAUUCAGCUCAUUGUCAAGUAGUGGAUGAAACUGUCAUUUGUGAAGGUUCUUUGUUCUGGGAGAAAGGCUUUGUAGCUUUUCAAGCUGCUAUUAAUGCUGCCAUCAUAGAAAUCACAACAAAUCAUUCAGUGAUGGAAAAACUGAUGUCAGUGACCGGUAUAAAUAUGAAGAUACUACCUUUUGUUGCCCAAGCAGGAGUUAUGACUGAUUUUUUCAUUUUCUUCUGCGUUAUUUCUUUUUCUGCUUUCAUAUACUACGUAUCAGUCAGUGUUACACAAGAAAGACAGUUCCUGAAGCCAGUGAUGAGAGUGAUGGGACUUCGACAGUCAGCCUUCUGGCUGUCCUGGGGUUUGAUGUACACUGGCUUCAUCUCUAUCACGGCCACUCUGAUGGCCCUUAUAGUGACAUAUGCCCCAGUGGUCGUCCUGACUGGCUUCACGGUGGUCUUCACCCUCUUUCUCCUCUACGGCCUGUCUUUGAUAACGUUAGCUUUCCUGAUGAGCGUGUUGGUGAAGAAACCCUUCCUGACGGGGCUGGUGGUCUUCCUCCUCACUGUCUUCUGGGGGAGCCUGGGGUUCACAGCUCUAUACAGACACCUUCCCACGACGUUGGAGUGGAUCUUGUGUCUCCUUAGCCCCUUUGCUUUCACUGCUGGAAUGGCCCAGCUUAUCCAUUUGGACUAUGACGUGAAUUCUAACAUCCAUUCAGAUUCUCCAAACGACCAGUACCUCAUAAUAGCUACCAUUUUCAUGUUGCUUUUUGAUGCUCUUCUCUAUUUGGUAUUGACAUUGUACUUGGACAAAAUUUUGCCCACUGAAUACGGACAGCAGCGGCCUCCCUGGUUUUUCCUGAAGUCCUCUUCUUGGUUCCAACGCCGAAGGGCUGAUCGUGCAGCCCUCGAGAAUGACAUCGAUCCAGAUUUUCCAUCCAAUGACUCUUUUGAACCAGUGUCUCCAGAAUUCCAUGGGAAAGAAGCCAUCAGAAUAAGAAAUCUUAAAAAGGCAUAUGGAAAAGGCAAGCACGAAAAAGUAGAAGCUUUGAAAGGCCUGGUAUUUGACGUAUACGAAGGCCAGAUCACGGGCAUCCUCGGUCACAGCGGAGCUGGGAAGACCGCGCUGUUAAAUAUACUCAGCGGACUGUCGGCCCCAACGUCAGGGUCCGUCACUAUCUACAAUCACUCACUUUCAGAAACGGCUGACCUAGAACACAUCAGCAAGCUCACUGGAGUCUGCCCACAAUCCAAUGUGCAAUUUGGCUUCCUCACCGUAAGAGAAAACCUCAGGCUCUUUGCUAAGAUAAAAGGGAUUCAGCCACACGAAGUGGAGCAACAGGUCCAACAGGUUUUACAGGAUCUGGACGUGGGAAACAUUCAAGACGUUCUUGCUCAAAAUUUAAGCGGUGGACAAAAGAGGAAACUGACGUUUGGGAUUGCCAUUUUAGGAGAUCCCCAGGUUUUGCUAUUGGACGAGCCGACUGCGGGGUCAGACCCUCUUUGGAGACACCGGGUGUGGAACCUCCUGCGAGAGAGGAAGUCAGACCACGUGGUCCUCUUCAGCACGCCGUUCAUGGACGAGGCUGACGUCCUGGCUGACAGGAAAGUGUUUAUGUCCAACGGAAGGCUGAAGUGUUCCGGCUCGUCUCUGUUCCUGAAGAGGAAAUGGGGCAUCGGCUACCAUCUAAGUUUGCAUCUGAAUGAGACGUGUGAUCCAGACAGUGUAACAUCGAUUGUUAAACACCACAUCCCCGACGCCAAAUUAACAGCCCAAAGUGAAGAAAAGCUGACAUAUAUUCUGCCUUUGGAAAGGACAAACAAAUUUCCAGACCUCUACAGGGAUCUUGAGAGCUGUUCCAACCAGGGCAUUGAGAAUUAUGGUAUUUCCAUGACAACAUUGAAUGAAGUGUUCUUAAAAUUAGAAGGAAAAUCAGCUAUUGAUGAAUCAGGAACUGGAGUUUGGGAACAGAGUGACAGGACAGAUGACCCAGGCAGCCUCGCCGAGCCGGAACAAGUUGCACCGUCCUUCAGCGAGGCGAACAGCACGGUCAGCGGCCUGGCCCUCUGGCGGCAGCAGGUCUGUGCAGUGGCGAAAGUCCGCCUCCUGAAGCUAAAGAGCGAAAAGAGGGCCCUGCUGGCAAUAUUACUGCUUUUUGGCAUUACCUUUGGUCCUCAGCUUUUGGAGCAUCUGUUCUAUCGGUUACACCAAAAAAGCUAUUCUUGGGGACUAUCUCCGAACAUGUACUUCCUCUCCCCGGGUCAACCACCUCGAGCCCCGCUGACCCGCUUACUGGUCAUCAACAGAACAGGGUCAAGCAUUGAUGACUUCAUACAUUCACUGAGGCACCAGAACAUCGCUUUAGAAGUGGACGCCUUUGGAACCAGAAGUGGCCCCAAUGAGUCAUCGUACAACGGGGCCAUCACCGUGACAGGAGAUGACAAGGAUCCCAGAUUUUCAAUAGCGUGUAACACCAAAAGGCUGAAUUGCUUUCCUGUACUCAUGGACAUCAUUAGCAAUGGGCUACUUGGAAUGCUUAAUUCUUCAGAACACAUUCAGACAGACAGAGCCACAUAUUUUGAGGAGCACGCGUCUGACGAGCACGGGCACCUGAACUUGGCCUCCUUCUGGAUCCCCGGGAUGGCCUGCUUCACUCCGUACAUCUCCAUGGGCAGCAUCGGCGACUAUAAAAAAAAAGUUUACUUCCAGCUGCAGAUUUCAGGCCUCUACCCUUCCGCUUACUGGUUUGGGCAGGCACUGGUGGACGUUCCCCUGUACCUCUUGAUCCUCCUUCUAAUGCAAAUAAUGGAUUACGUUUUUAGCCCAGACGAGUCUGAGUUUAUCAUUCAAAACCUGGCAGUUGAGACCCUGUGUAUAAUUGGCUAUGUCUCAUCUCUUGUUUUCUUGACAUAUGUGAUUUCAUUCAUUUUUCGCCAUGGGAGGAAAAAUAGUGGCAUUUGGUCAUUUUUCUUCUUAAUUGUCACCCUCUUCUCCAUUGUUGCUAAUUAUCUGAACGAACACGCAUUUCUAGGACUGUUUCUCUGCACCAUAUUGAUACCACCCUUCACGCUAAUUGGCGUUCUACUCAUUUUUUCUGAGAUUUCUCCUGACUCUGUGGAUUACCUGGGGCCUUCAGAACAGCAGGUUGCAUUUCUGACAUUGCUAAUUCCUUAUCUUCAUUUCUUCAUUUUCCUCUUUAUCUUACGAUGUCUGGAAAUGAAAUUUAGGAAGAAAUCAAUGAGAAAGGAUCCUGUGUUCAGAAUUUCACCAAGGAGCAGUGCUGUUUUUCCAAACCCAGAGAAACCCGAAGGAGAGGAUGAAGACGUCCAGAUGGAAAGAAGGAGAACAGCAGACGCCGUGGCCGCCCCGGACUCGGAGGAGAAACCCGCCAUCGUGGCCAGCUGUCUGCGGAAGGAAUAUGCAGGCAGAAAGAAAAACUGUUUUGCCAAGGGGAAGAAGAAAGUAGCCACCAGAAAUGUCUCUUUCUGCGUGAAAAAAGGUGAAGUUUUAGGGCUCUUGGGACACAACGGAGCAGGUAAAAGCACAACCAUCAAGAUGAUAACUGGAGAGAUGAGACCAACCUCAGGGCAGGUGCUGCUCGCGGGGGGCAGCGGAGGGGCGCCCCUGGGGUUCCUGGGGUACUGUCCCCAGGAGAGCGCGCUGUGGCCCAGCCUGACGGUGAGGGAGCACCUCGAGGUGUCGGCCGCCGUGAAAGGGCUGCGGAGGGCGGACGCCGCAGCUGCUAUUGCCAGGCUGGCGGACGCGCUGAAGCUGCAGGACCAGAUGGCACUCCCCGCCAAGGCCUUACCCGAAGGGGCAAAGAGAAAGCUGAGCUUCGCACUGAGCGUCCUGGGGGGCCCGGCCGUGCUGCUUCUCGACGAGCCGACCACGGGGAUGGACCCCGAGGGGCAGCUGCGGAUGUGGCAGCUGAUCCGGGCCUCUGUUAGAAACGCGGCAAGGGGCGCCCUGCUGACCACCCACUCCAUGGCCGAGGCGGAGGCCGUGUGCGACCGUGUGGCCGUCAUGGUGUCUGGGAGCCUGAGGUGCGUCGGCUCCGUCCAGCAUCUGAAGAGCAAGUUCGGCAGAGAUUACCUGCUGGAGAUGAAGCUGAAGAGCCUGGCCCAGCUGGAGGCUCUGCACUGCGAGGUCCUGAGGCUCUUCCCCCAGGCUGCUCGGCAGGAGAGGUCGACGCCGGCUCAUUCUGUUUCAUCUUGGUUCGCCUCCCUCGUGGUCUACAAGUUGCCUGUUGAGGAUGUGCACCCUUUAUCACACGCCUUCUUCAGUUUAGAGACAGUUAAACAGAACUUCGACUUGGAGGAGUACAGCCUCUCCCAGAGCAGCCUGGAGCAGGUUUUCUUGGAACUCUGCAAGGAGCAGGAGCGGGAUGAUUCUAAUGAGGAAGUUGAUCUCUCUGUGAGGUGGAAGCUCCUGCAGGAAGAGCCUUAAAGCCCAAAUCCACCAUUUUUAAGACAAUAUUUUAUAGCGUUAAUAUGGCUUGGCUCAGAUAUGAUUUCAAAAUGCUUUUGAAACUCACGUCAUCACUUUUCUCAAUAACAUGAUGGAUAGCAGGACUCAGGAGUAAGGUCAGAUCAGUGAUGCUCAGCGGACCAGGCAGCUUCCAAAACAGCAAUUGAAACCAUGGUUCCAUACAGCAGCAGAUUUUUAAAUGCACCUAAUUAUGGAAUUUUUAUGUUUCUGAGAAUGAUACAGAAAUUAAUUUUCUUUCUCUGACCUUUAAAAUCUUAACUAUUGUCUCAUCUUUUUAAGUAGGCAGGUGGCUAAAUGGUAAAGAUUUCGCCUGCCGCUGCAGGAGACACAGGUUUGACCCCUGAAUCGGGAAGAUCCCCUGGAGAAGGGCAUGGCAACCCACUCCAGUAUUCUUGCCUGGGCGAUCCCAUGGACAGAGGAGCCUGGUGGGCCACAUAGGAUCACAAGAUUGGACAAGACUAAACAAUGACUAAACAACGAGAAGUAUAAAGUAAGACAGGACGCUAACGGUUGCUAUAAGGGAAGCGGAAUCCAACAAUGUCACGGGAGCGCGGUCUUGCUCCUUUCAUUUCUUUGCACCUGUUCUUCGUGUGCUCAUCUCCCUUUCCCGUCACUUCUCAGAUUUCAGGUUGUACAGUCAUGUUGUAUCUGUUGUGACGACGCACAAGAUGCGAGACCUGUUAAAGUGAUUGUAGUGAGAAUUUGAAUGAUCAAGUCGAGGAAAGUUUGAAAAACAAACCCUUCUUACAAUUUUGAAUCACAACAAACUGUGGAAAAUUGUGAAAGAGACAAGAAUACCAGACCACUUGACUUGCCUCUUGGGAAAUCUGUGUGCAGGUCAGGAAGCAACAGUUAGAACUGGACAUGGAACAACAGACUGGUUCCAAAUAGGAAAAGGAGUAUGUCAAGGCUGUAUAUCGUCACCCUGCUUAUUUAACUUAUAUGCAGAGUACAUCAUGAGAAACACUGGGCUGGAAGAAGCACAAGCUGGAAUCAAGAUUGCCGGGAGAAAUAUCACUAACCUCAGAUAUGCAGAUGAUACCACCCUUAUGGCAGAAAACAAUAUUAUUUUGGGGGGCUCCAAAAUCAUUGCAGAUGGUGUCUGUAGCCAUGAAAUUAAAAGACACUUACUCAUUGGGAGAAAAGUUAUGACCAACCUAGACAGAAUAUUAAAAAGUAGAGACAUUACUUUGCUGACAAAGUCCCAUCUAGUCAAGGCUAUGGUUUUUCCAGUGGUCAUGUAUGGAUGUGAGAGUUGGACUAUAAAGAAAGCUGAGCACAGAAGAAUUGAUGCUUUUGAACUGUGGUGUUGGAGAAGACUCUUGAGAGUCCCUUGGACUGCAAGGAGAUCCAACCAGUCCAUCUUAAAAGAAAUCAGUCCUAGGUGUUCGUUGGAAGGACUGAUGCUGAAGCUGAAACUCCAAUACUUUGGCCACCUCAUGCGAAGAGCUGACUCAUUGGAAAAGACCCUGAUGCUGGGAGGGAUUGGGGGCAGGAGGAGAAGGGGACGACAGAGGAUGAGAUGGUUGGAUGGCAUCACCGACUCGAUGGACAUGAAUUUGAGUAAACUCUGGGAGUUGGUGAUGGUCAGGGAAGCCUGGUGUGCUGCAGUCCAUGGGGUCACAGAGAGUCGGACACGACUGAGUGACUGAACUGAACUGAUAGUUUUGAAGCAUGUUUUUAUCUUCUGUUUCUUAUGAUGUAAGGGUCUACUGCACAGGGCUAGAACUUUAUCGGUACCGCUUUCUUAUGUCUGUGUAUGCCGUGACCUAUCCAGCUGACCGUCCUAUAAACACUCUGAAAUCGAUGCAGUUUCUGGUACGUUCUUACUCGGCUGAGUCGUUGCUGCUGCUCUCCUUGCUGUUUCCGGUCGUGUACUGAACUGUGUUCCCCGCAAACUCAUAGAUCCAUUCUCCAGGGUGGCUGUGUUUGGAGGUGGGGCUUAUAAAGAGAUAAUUCAAGUUAAGCAAGGUUGUCAGGGUGGGGCCCUAAUCUGAGGACACUUGUGUUUCUGUAAGAAGGGGGACAACAAAGGUCCUUUGCCAACAAAGGUCCAUCUAGUCAAGGCUAUGGUUUUUCCAGUGGUCAUGUAUGGAUGUGAGAGUUGGACUAUAAAGAAAGCUGAGCACCGAAAAAUUGAUGCUUUUGAACUGUGGUGUUGGAGAAGACUCUUGAGAGUCCCUUGGACUGCAAGGAGAUCCAACCAGUCCAUCUUAAAAGAAAUCAGUCCUAGGUGUUCGUUGGAAGGACUGAUGCUGAAGCUGAAACUCCAAUACUUUGGCCACCUCAUGCGAAGAGCUGUCUCAUUGGAAAAGACCCUGAUGCUGGGAGGGAUUGAGGGCAGGAGGAGAAGGGGACGACAGAGGAUGAGAUGGUUGGAUGGCAUCACCGACUCGAUGGACUUGAGUUUGAGUAAACUCCGGGAGUUGGUGAUAGACAGGGAGGCCUGGCGUGCUGCAGUCCAUGGGGUCACAGAGAGUCGGACACGACUGAGCGACUGAGCUGGACUGAAGAAGAGAGAGAGACGCCUCAGUGACCUGCAGGCUCACAGGGAAAAGGUCCCCUGAGGGCACAGUGACAGGUGGCCGCCUGCAGACCAGGGAGCAACCAGAUUCUCUGGCUUCAUGAUUGUAGGCAUUUAGCCUGCAGAACCAUGAGAAAAUAAAUUUCUGCAGUUUGAGCGUC